ACAAAUUAUAGAUGCAUUACUUAAUGCUCUGUGUUACAACUGGCUACUCGUAAUUCAGUAUCCAAGCGAUUAUUGUCAAGAAAGCAUCUACCGCUCUACUUUAUACCGCAUUUAGUGUUAUCGCGCGUGAUCACAUCAUCGUUUACGCAUUCGACAUAUUCACAACAGAGCGAUCCAGAAUCAGGUAAUAGCGAUCAAUUUGUAGAAAGUGUUUGUCAAUAAAUUUUGCAGUACGGCAUAGAAGAAAACGUUCAAUACGUUAAAAAUGAAAAUUAUCGAAGGGAAUAGAAAAAGGAGCUUCCAUGUUUGUAUGAACAAUUUCACUGCAAUUCCCUAAUAAUUCUGGCAGUUGGAUGUAUUCUCAAUAAAGAAGAAUUGCAUUUUUAAUUAAAUUUCAGGCUACCUAACUAACAAAAACAGAAAAUUUCAAUCUAGCACGUUGACUGCCACGACACCAGUAUUCGGGUGUCAGCAAAGUUUCUGGUCAGGCCACGUAACCCACAUUGACUACUUACGAAGGAUCGUCAUCGAUGAAAAAGAAAUCGCAAGAAUAGAAGUAAAAUGGAUGUGGCAGACAUUGCUUUAGGGGGGAUGACAUCAGGAGUGACCAAAUCGGUGUACUGGAUACUUCUAACUACGUUAUUAUAUAUCAAGUAUGCGGUUGACGAUUACGCUGCGAAGAAUAUUCCUUCCGAAGCACUAAUGUCGUCUUACGAUUUCAUAAUUGUGGGCGGUGGUUCUGCAGGAUCCGUCCUAGCGAAUCGCUUGUCCGAGAUAGAGGAUUGGAACGUGCUCCUUUUGGAAGCAGGUGGUGAUGGAUCAGAAAUCUAUGAUAUCCCUGUUCUUGCCGGUAAUCUGCAGUUAACCCAAAUCGAUUGGAAAUACAAGACGGAACCUAAUAAGAAUUUCUGUCGAGCGAUGGAAGGAGGUCAAUGCAACUGGCCACGUGGCAAAGUCAUCGGAGGGACCAGCAUGCUAAACUACAUGCUCUACAUUCGUGGUAACAAAAAAGACUACGACAUGUGGGAACAGCUAGGCAACACCGGAUGGUCCUACGACGAUGUGCUACAAUAUUUCAAAAAAUCUGAAGACAAUCAAAAUCCUGUCUACGCCCAGACGCCGUAUCAUUCGACCGGAGGUUACCUAACCGUUCAGGAGGCGCCAUGGCACACUCCUUUGACCACUGCGUUUAUUCAAGCAGGUCUAGAAAUGGGUUACGAAAACAGAGAUAUUAACGGAGAACGACACACUGGAUUCAUGUUUGCUCAAGGGACGAUCAGGCAUGGCAGUCGGUGUUCCACGGCGAAGGCUUUUCUACGACCAAUUAGGACGCGGAAAAAUUUACACGUCGCCAUGGAAGCGCAUGUUACGAAAAUUUUAAUAGAUCCGUCGUCGAAAGAGGCUUAUGGCGUAGAGUUUGUUAGAGACGGAAAAACGUUGCGCGUUACUGCGAAAAAGGAGGUGAUCGUUUCCGCGGGAUCUAUCAAUAGCCCUCAAUUGCUAAUGUUGUCGGGAAUCGGACCUAAAGAACAAUUAUUGAAACACGGUAUACCAGUGAUUCAGGAUUUAAGAGUGGGUCAUAAUCUUCAAGAUCACGUAGGUGUGGGAGGUCUUUCGUUCUUGGUGAACGAAGAAAUUACGUUGGUGGAGAGCAGGAUAUAUAAUAUUCAGGAUAUGCUAGGAUAUACGAUUUUUGGAGACGGUCCUUUGACAUUGCUAGGAGGUGUCGAAGGAAUAGCUUUUAUCAAUAGCAAAUUCAUGAACAGUUCUGACGAUUUUCCAGACAUAGAACUGCUUUUCUUAGCAGGAGCGGCAUGCUCCGACGGCGGUAGAAAUUUUUGGAAGAUUCAUGGACUGACCAACAAUUUCUACGAUGCCGUGUUUAGCGAAAUUAAUAAUAAACACUUAUGGACCCUGCUUCCUAUGCUUCUAAGACCAAAAAGUAAAGGUUUUAUCGCACUUCGAAGCAGCAAUCCUUUCGAUUAUCCGUUGAUUUAUCCAAACUACUUCGAGCAACCGGAAGAUAUGGCGACGUUGGUCGAAGCAGCUAAAUUUGCGUUUGAAAUGAGUAAAACUAGCGCGUUUCGACGUUACGGCAGCGAAAUGAACCCUAAACCAUUCCCUGCUUGCAAAAAUAUUUCCAUGUAUACCGACCCAUACUGGGAAUGCAUGAUUAGAGAGUACUCCAUGACUAUAUAUCAUCCCACGAGUACCUGUAAAAUGGGGCCCAAUUCGGACCCAGAAGCUGUGGUGGAUCCUCGGCUUCGAGUUUACGGAGUUGAUCGACUCCGAGUCAUAGAUGCCUCGAUUAUGCCAAAUAUAGUUAGUGGUAAUACCAAUGCGCCGGUUAUAAUGAUCUCAGAGAAAGGUUCGGAUAUGAUAAAAGAGGAAUGGCUGAAGAAUAAGAUCUGAUAUCAAUAGCUCUUUUCGUAAAUUAAUUUAAAACACGUUCGUCGCCACAUCGCAUAUAUCUGUGUGACGGGUAUACUUCCGUGGGGGCCCCGUCACCAAAGUAUGGUGACGCUCUUCUUGUUCGAGUUAAUUAAAUAUACGAUAUUAUAUAUAGGAUAUACAACAUAAAAAUAUUAAAAACACAUUAUACCAUACUUUUUAUUAAUUUAUAUUCUCGAUAAUAUAUUACAUUAUUCUAUAUCGCAUGAUAUUUGUUAAAACAUUCCAAACAUAUUUGGGAUGAUUUUGGACACUUCGAACAAUAGUUGUAGACUCCGUCAUCACUACUAUCCUCACUUUGAAAUAUAUUUUCACACCGUUUACUGAACAUUUUGAGGAUGAAAAAAUCACUGAUGUACGUCUCACAAGUAUGCUUCUCGACUGAAUGAAAAAUCUGAGAUAUCUGCCAUAAGAUCCUUUGGAAUACUCUAGCUGGAAAGCUUAUCGCUUUCUCCAUUUCAGAAAUAAAUAAUCUUUUCUGUACAAUGAAUCGAAGGCGAUAAACAAUGACUUCCAGCUUGUCGCCCUAUUUACGUUCUGCGUACCGGCGGUCGGAUUUAGGCCCCGCAGGAAACUUAUCGACGAACGUGUUAAAGCUAGUGCUGGUAGUGCAUUAAAUACUAGAAACAUAAGUUUUCGCUACUAAUUUCUAUUGCGUAAUACAGUGCUUAACAUAUAAACCAGGAUGUAGGCAUGUUUUAUAAAAUAAAUAUUAAAUAAUAUAAAUGUUAA